GGGGGGGCGCCCCCCGCCGUGGUGAUCGCCGUCCUGGCCCGCAACGCCCAGCACUCGCUGCCCCACUACCUGGGGGCCUUGGAGCGCCUGGACUACCCCGCGGAGCGCAUCUCCCUCUGGUGUGCCACGGAUCACAACGUAGACAACACGACGCAAAUGCUGCAGGAAUGGCUGAGCGCCGUGGAGAAAGAUUACCGGUCCAUUGCGUGGAGAUCUGUGGAAGAGCCCAGCUCUUAUCCGAACGAACUGGGACCCAAACAUUGGACCGAGCCGCGUUUUGAACAGAUGAUGAGGUUAAAGCAGGAGGCUCUCACCUUCGCUCGAUCGCAAGAGGCCGGCUACAUUUUGUUUGCAGACACGGACAGCAUCUUGACCAACAAUCAAACACUGAAGUUCCUCAUUGCCCAAAACAAGUCUGUCGUGGCACCCAUGAUGGAUUCUCAAACAUAUUAUUCUAAUUUCUGGUGUGGGAUCACGCCACAGGGUUAUUACCGACGGACGGCGGACUAUUUCCCCACCAAGAACCGCCAACGUCUCGGGUGUUUUGCCGUGCCCAUGGUCCACGCGACCUUCUUGAUCGACCUGCGGAAGGACGACACAACCGAUCUCGCCUUUUAUCCGCCCCACCCCACCUACUCCUGGCCGUUCGACGACAUCAACGUCUUUGCCUACUCGUGUCAAGUUGCAGGGGCCCAGAUGUAUCUGUGCAAUCAGGAGCGGUUUGGGUACAUCAAUGUCCCAUUGACAUCGCGUCAGACAUUGGAAGAGGAGCGUGUCCAGUUUGUGCACCUGAUCCUGGAGGCCAUAGUCGAUGGGCCUCCGAUGGUCCGUUCCAGGCACAUCUACGUCCCCCCGAAGCGUCCCACCAAGAUUGGGUUUGAUGAGGUUUUCCUCAUCAACCUGGCCCGACGUCCGGACCGGCGACAGCGCAUGCUGGAUGCUCUCUUCGAGCUGGAAAUAGACCCCUUGGUGGUGGACGCCGUGGACGGAAGCGCCCUGAAUAGCAGCAGCAUCAAGAAAAUGGGCAUCAACUUGCUCCCGGGAUAUUAUGACCCCUUUUCAGGCAGGACCCUCACCAAAGGGGAGGUUGGCUGUUUCCUCAGCCACCACCAUGUGUGGAAAGAGAUCGUCGAGAGAAAGCUGGAAAAAUCGCUCGUGUUGGAAGAUGAUGUCCGGUUUGAGGCUUAUUUCAAGAAGCACCUUUUGAGGCUGAUGGAGGAGUUGGAGCAGGCGCAAACGGACUGGGAGCUGAUCUACCUGGGCAGGAAACAAGUAAACUCGGACGACGAGGAGGCGGUGGCCGAAAUCCACAACCUGGUGGUGCCCAAAUAUUCCUACUGGACGUUGGCCUACGUCCUCUCGUGGCGGGGGGCUCAAAAGCUGGUUGAGGCGCAGCCCCUCUCCAAAAUCCUGCCCGUGGAUGAAUUCCUGCCCAUUAUGUACGACAAGCACCCCAAGUAAGGAUU